AUGGCGUUCUUGUUUGGUGGAAGAGGGCGACAGAAGCCGCCCGCCGAGAUCGCAAAAUCGUUAAAAGACCUCCUCAUGAGAUUGGCCGACCCCACGCCGAAUCCCAAGGUAGAGGAAGAUGUCGCGAAGCACAUGUCACAGAUGAAAUUGAUUGUACAGGGAACACCUGCAGAAGUCGAAUGCAGCCCCGAGCAAGUACAUCAACUAGUACACUGCAUCAUACAAGAAGACAUUCUCUUCGAACUCGCCAAAUCCAUCCGCCUCCUUCCCUUUGAAGCCCGUAAAGAUGCCCAAAUUAUCUUCUCCCACAUCCUCCGAUUCAAGCCCGCCAACAACAACUCGUCCCAAUCCGGCUCCUCUGACCCCUCUGCCAUAUCCUACCUCGUCCUCCAACGGCCCGAGAUCAUCGUCGAGUUAUGUCGUGGGUACGAAUAUCCACAGAGCGCAAUGCCCUGCGGAACGAUCCUCAGACAGGCGCUGCAAUAUGAUACAAUCGCCGCAGUGAUAUUAUAUGACGAGUCUCGGCCCGGCGGCAAAGCCGUACAAUUAAAAGACGUCGACGUCAGCCGCAAGCAGACCGGCAAAGGCCUGUUUUGGAAUUUUUUCACCUGGAUCAAUAGAGGCAGUUUUGAAGUCAGCGCCGAUGCAUUCACGACUUUCAGGGAAAUCUUAACAAAACACAAACAACUCGUCUCACAAUACCUGGCCACAAAUUACGACCUCUUCUUCAAAUCGCACUACAAUCCAACUCUCUUACUAUCCUCGUCCUACGUGACGAAGCGACAAUCCAUUAAACUGCUCGGCGAACUCCUGCUCGACCGCGCCAACUACGUUAUCAUGACCCAGUAUGUGGCGAGCGGCGAGAACCUGAAACUCACCAUGAACCUCCUGAAGGAUGAUCGCAAGAUGGUCCAGUACGAGGCUUUCCACGUGUUCAAAGUCUUCGUCGCCAACCCGAACAAGAGCGACGACGUAAAGCGGAUCCUGAUCAAGAAUCGAGGUCGACUGCUCCGGUUUCUCCCCGGGUUUCUCGAGGGACGCACGGAUGACGACCAGUUCCUCGACGAGAAGAGCUUCUUGUUGAGACAGAUUGAGAAUUUACCCGAGGAAGGCGUCGAACAGGGGUCCGGCAGUGGGGACGGAAGUCAGGAUCGCAUUGGUGCCUGA